AUGGGUACUUCACUGAUAAUGAUGAGGGUUCUCCUUUUCCCGGGGUUGAUUUUACAGUCUGUUCUCGCUGGCUGCAAUAACUGGGACCAGUUUGGGGAUUCAUGUUAUCUGUUCAACGAGACCUCUAUCAUUUGGAUGCAAGCUAUGUGGAGUUGCUAUGAAUCCGGUGGCUGGAUUGUGCAAAUCGACAGUCAAGACGAAGACAAUUUUAUUGUCGGGCUCAUGAAAGCCAGAUACGUGGAUACUGUUUGGACUGGUGGUUUUGCAACAGCCCAUUGGCAGUGGAUGCCAAGCUUUAUCAGGAUUAAGGAAUACACAAACUGGUCACAGGGACAACCAGACAACGCUGAGGGCAAAGAAGGUUGUCUAUCUAUCUCGAAAUUUUCUCACUACAAGUGGAAUGAUGAAGCUUGCGGGAAUAGACACCCAUUCGUUUGUGAAAAGAGUGCAAAUUCUUAA